AUGACCAGCUCGGGGCACGACCAGGCCUCCACAACCGGCCUGAUCCCCGGCCGGUACAUCGUCCAGCUCCAGCCCGGCGUCGACUUCGUCGCGCACCUGCAGAAAAUCCAGCGCCUCCUCAAGUCGUCUGGCGCGCUGGGAAGCAUCCGUCCAGAUGCUCCCCUCGCAGCCAUGGGCAUAUACAUCGUGAACAUGCCCGCAAACGUCGCCAUGAUCCUCCAGGCCGAUGGAGACGUCAAGCACAUGGAACAGGGCAGAUAUCUUCCGUUAGAAAGUUCAUAA